AUGAAGAGCGUCCUCCCCCUCGCCGUGUGCCUCCUCUUCGUCAGCAGCAUUGGACAAGGACACGGGAAUCCUCUGCAAGGAUCCGUUCCUCCUGGAGUCUCCGCAGCGCCUAUGGGAUGCGGAAAAAAGAUAGGCCAAGGAUGUGUGAAAAGCAUAGUCGUCAAGAUGAAAUGCGUCAACGGAACAUAUGUGGACGCGUGUAACACGUGCCAGUGCGCCAAGGAACCGAACGAAAACCUUUCUCUCUAUCGCAUUACACAAGAGCACGAGUAUAUUUUGCAAGAACCUGGUUCCUCGCAGCCUCUGAUGGCCGCGAGACCCCUUCCUCCUGCAGCCUCCACAGGGCCUGUAGGAUGCGCCAAGACGAUAGGCCAAGGAUGUGUGAAAAGCAUAGUCGUCCAAAUGAAAUGCGUCAACGGAACAUAUGUGGACGCGUGCAACACGUGCCACUGCGCGAAGGGACUAAAUGAAAUCCUUUCGCUCUACCAUAUUGUGCAUGGGCAUGGGUACCCUUUGCAAGGACCUGGUCCCUUGCACCCUCUGCCGACCCCGAGACCCGUUCAACCUGCGGUCUCUACAGGGCCUGCGGGAUGCGGCAGCGGGAUGGGCCAAGGGUGCAUGCAGAGCAUCGUCGACAACAUGAACUGCGAUCACGGAACAUAUGUGGACACGUGCAACUUGUGUCAGUGCGCAAAGGUAAGGAGUGUCAGCUGUCAAGGACCCGCUGAACCUGCGGUCUCCGGAAGUCCUGUGGAAUACAACAAGACGAGGAGCCAAGGAUGCGUGCAGAACACCGUCGACGACAUGAAGUGCGCCCACGGAACUUAUGUUGAUAUGUGCAACAGGUGCCAGUGUGCCAAGGGGCCGAACGAAACCUGCGGAGGAACAUGGGGAGAACACGGCAGAUGCACCUCAAAGCUUCACUGCUUCGUCGAAAACGUGACUCUUGUUGGCAAAUGCAGACUCAACAUCGAUGGCUGAAUGCGGAUGUGAAGUGUAUAGUUCGGAAGAAUCCGUUUCUCAGAUCACGUCGAUGCAUGCACUUUGGGCUUUGGAAUUGAAGAUAAUAUUUACCUUGUUUUAUACUAUAGAAAUAUGUAGAUGGGAUUAAAGUA